AUGGAAGAAUGCAAACCAACUGAUAUCCUUGCUGGUGCUGAUAGUGAAUAUUAUUGGGAAAGCUAUUCACAUCCUGGAAUUCAUGAUGAAAUGUUAAAAGAUAGACAUCGUACAUUAUCAUAUAAAAGAGCAUUAGUACCUUCAGUUGUUAAAGGUAAAAUAGUAUUAGAUGUUGGUUGUGGAACUGGUAUUCUUUCUAUGUUUGCUGCACGUAAUGGAGCAAAACGUGUUUAUGCAGUUGAAAUGAGUUCAGUAAGAAAACAAGCAGCAGAAAUUAUUAAAUUAAAUGGAUAUGAAAAUGUUAUUACAUUAAUUCAAGGCAAAAUGGAAGAAGUUGAUAUUCCAGAAAAAGUUGAUAUUAUUGUUAGUGAAUGGAUGGGAUAUAAUUUAAUGUUUGAGUCUAUGUUAGCUAGUGUUAUUUAUGCACGUGAUAAGUAUUUAAAAGAUGAUGGAAUUAUUCUUCCAGAUACAGCAAGUAUUUAUAUUGCAGGAAUUAAUGAUGAAGAAUUAUUACAAGAAAAAGAAAGGUUUUGGUCGAAUGUAUAUGGAUUUGAUUUUUCAUGUGUUCUUUCUGAUGUUACAGUAGAUCCAUUAGUUGAUUACUGUGAUAGUAGAUAUCUUUGUACUACUCCAGUUAAAAUAAUUACUUUUGAUCUUAGACAUAUGUCUGUUAAUCAAAUGGACUUUACGGUUCCUUUUGAAUUUGUUAUUAAUAGAGAUGUUCCUCUUUCUGGUAUUUGUUUGUAUUUCGAUUGUACUUUCUUAAAGAAGUCAUACCUUACUACUAAACCUGAUACUAAUACUCACUGGAAACAAACUUGUUUUUAUUUCGAUCUUCCUUUUGAUAAUGCUGCUCCUGGUGAUAUUGUAAAAGGUGUAUAUCAUUGUAAGCCAGCCGCUUCUCAUCCUCGUCAUUUAGAUAUAGAAUUAAAAUGUUCUUGUGAAGCAAAACAAUGGACUAAUGACCAAGUUUAUCAUAUGAAUUGA